AUGCAAAGUAUUGAAAAUGAAGGAACCACAAACAAUGAUAACAGUUCACUAAAUGCAUCCUCUGAAGAAUUUGCUUCUCUCACUCCCCCCUUUAAAAUUGGAACAAAGCAUCGGUGAAGUUUGCUUUUUUUGGGUACUUUUUAAUCCCCUUUAAAUUGGAACAAAAUUCAUAGGAAAAUUUUAUAGGUAAAAAUACUAAUUUAAGUGUAAAGGUGAAUUAGGAUAUUAUUUGAAUAGUUUUCACACUGAAUCAAUAAUUUUUUAAAUUUAAUUCUUCAUAAAACUAAUUUAAAAUUCAAAAAUUUAAACAUUCAUUAGCUUUAAAAAAUAUUAGAAUAAUUGCUUUUAAAAAUCGACCUUUAAAUUGGAACAGAUUUUUUGUUACAGUUUAAACGGGAGGAAAUCAGAGAACUAAUUAAGUCUGAUCCAGAGUAUUUGAACCGCCAGGAUAGCCGUUUAGGCUCUACACAGCUUUUUUCUUCAGUAAUGUCAAAUAUACAAAUUUCCCAUGAAUUAAUUUGUUUUAAAAUAAAGUUUAAUAUAUUAAUUUACAAUGCAAGCCUGCAUAACUAUAAAAAAACAGAAUUUCUCUUGCAUUUAGGAGCCGACCCAAAUAUUCCAAACAACCUAGGGGAAACCCCAUUACACAUAGCAGCUGAUAAUUUUGAAUAUGACACCGUCAAGCUUCUUCUAAGCCACGGGGCAGACCCCAAAAAUGCGAAUCUAGAAGGCGAAACUCCUUUACACAACGCGACAUAUAGAGGAGAUGCCAAAACAGUCAAUAUUUUACUACAAAAUUAUGCGGACCCAAAUUCUUUAAAUUUUCAAUUGGGCCAGUCCCCUUUGCACAUUGCAGCAGAAAACGGCCAUUUAGAAAUUAUCAAGCUUUUGCUUUCUCAUGGUGCAAAUCCUGAUAUAAAAGAUAAGCAAGGGAAUACUCCUUCAAGCCUAGCUAAGAUACAAAAAAUUCAACAAAUUUUAGAUGAUUGAAGUGAAAAUGUGGAAUAUGAUGCUAAUAUAGCGUUGGCACGCAUUCGUGUCCUUGUGCUUGCAGUUGCUGAGUAUUUUGGAGAUUUAGUUCAUCACUUUCAGAUAAUAAGUCAAUUCCAUUUGACAAAACCAGAUCCUUAUAUUGAUUUGUUAAUUUGUAGUUGACUAUUCAGCUGAAGGUGAUUAGCUAUGUCUCCUAGUAGCUGAGAAUGAGCAAGCCUAAGAGAACAGUUUUAGUGUGCUUACCUAUACAGGGCUUUGUGCUAUAAGAGAAGCCAGGUCUAGCGAAGAAGAUAUGAUAAUUCCUAUGAAUUAUCUGAUAAUUUAAUUAAUUAUCAUUUUGAGGGUAAUUAUGGUAAAUCAGCAUAUUUCAAGCUUACCAUCUUUACAGUGCCAGUCCUCUUUAGCUUCUAUAGCCAUGAGCCCUACAAACAAGGUUUAUUCAAGUCCUCCGACGCCUUUUUCAAAAUACCUCAAAUCUUGUGGAACAGCUGACACCACUCUUGGGGCUAACCAAAAAUCAAUUUCUCAGCCUGGAAGCCGAGAAAUUUCUAUUUUGGUAAAAGAAAACGACAAACUUUACGAGUUUCUGAUAAACAUUAAGCUUGACAUUUAUUUUUCAAAUUUAGUAAAUGCAGGAUUUGACGAUUUUGAUAGCCUAAUAAACCAAAUGAGCACGCCUUUGCCACUAACUGCAGAAAUGCUCAAAAAUAUUGGAAUUUCUAAGCCAGGGCAUCAGAAAAGGCUGCUUUUUAUGCUUGAAAAAGCAAAAAAUUCCCCAGAAGAAUUUUUAAAUAAUUCAUAUGUAAACGAAAGCAUUAUUAUUGAGUCAACGUUCUGGAAAUGCUGUAUUUUCCCAAAAAUAGAGCAUAAUGAUUUAACGCUAAAAGAGAUAUUAGAGUCGUUAGGACUGGGGAAUUUAUAUGAAAAAUUUUAUGAAGCGGGAUAUGAUGAAUUGGAAUUUUUAGUUGAGCAGAUGAAAUCAAAGUUUAUUAUAAAUGAAAAACUUCUGAAGGAUGAAAUAGGGAUCGAGGGAGUAAAAGACAGGAAAAAGAUUAUGGGGAAGCUGAAAAGCUUGAGUAAACAGGCAAAGAAGAGCGAAAUGCAGCAGUCAUCUACAACUUGCAGAAUGUUUUAA